AUGACGGACAGGUGCUGGAUUCCACACCUCACUGAGGUCUGGGGGGUUGCAGUUCCGGCAGGGCCGAAAGGCAGCUGCACGUAUAAACUCGUUGAGGUCACGGACGACGGCACCGACCCGAGAAAUUUAGAAGUCACUUUAGCCAAGUCUGAUUUGGCCCAGGUCACCCCUAUUACAGACUCGCGGUCCCUCGAAGGCGCUGGCAAGACCGAAUCCACAAAGUUGAUUCUUCAGUUUCUCGCCGACGUGAGCGAGAUCUCGUCGUCGGCUUCGUCCUCAUUCAAGCUCCCUUCUGGCACUCGUUUAGUGGCAGGUGUCGGCCAAAGGAACACAAGCAGCAUCCAGAAGGAUCGAGGACCUGGCGGAGCUGUAGGAGACAGCACUCUUCCGUCCUCAGCAGCCGGGGCUGGAAGCCAAGGGCGAGAGGCGGCAUCUCUUCAACAGAGAAUUUUGGAGAUCAGCCCAGUCCUGGAGAGCUUCGGAAAUGCGUCAACGAGCAGAAACCCCAACUCCAGUCGAUUUGGAAAGUGGAUUGAAGUUUAUUUUGGGGACAAAUUGAAGGUCCUAGGCGCCAGUAUUACCUCGUACCUUCUCGAGCUUCCACGUGUGACCCGCCACAUAGCCGGAGAGAGAAGCUACCAUGUCUUUUACCAACUCGUUCACGGUUUAAAUACUUCUGACCUUGUCGGCGUGGCUGCUGCGUACCGCCUGAAAACCGAUCCGCUGGCCUUCACCUAUCUGACACCUCAAGAACAAGCUGUGAAGACCAACGAUGGGAAAUCAGGAACCGGAGCUCCGUCACCGCCCCAUCCUGAAGCUGCAACAUCAUUUCAAUGCAGACAUUUUCCUCAACGAAAUCAGCGACUACGAGGAGGAUGGACUGAAGGGGGUCUCGAUUACCUACGAAGACAAUGCAGAUGUGUUGUCACUAAUUGCGGGAAAAGGAGAAUAAAAGGGUCAAUGGCCUUCGGCAUUCGGCAUUACGCGGGAGAUGUGACGUACACCGUCUCCGGCUGGCUCGUGAAAGAUCAAAAUGUGCCUCCUCAGGAGGCAGCUGAAUGCCUUCUGACGUCCGAAAAUCCAAUUGUCAAGGCAGUCGUGGAGACGGCUCCAGGCGAUACUCAAAAACGAAGCCAGGGAGGAAAGAGUACUGUAGGCGUCAUGGAAGCGAUUCGCAUUCGCAAGUCAGGGUUCGCCCUUCGUCUCUUACACCAGGACUUCGUGGACCGCUACCGGCUCGUGUUGGGCUCCAGAGCUGCUGCAGGCCUCCGCGCCCUUGACACAACAAGUGCGGCCCGGCAGCUGGUGAGCGGCGAAGAGGCUCUUGUCGAGCCCGUCAUUCUCAUCCAGGCUGUCUAUCGAGGCUACAGAUCCCGCCAGCAGUGCCGAGUUCUGUUUGAGGUGUAUGGGCGGCUGAAGGUGUUUCUUUCGGCAUGCUCAGAGGCAUCGAAGCGCGGAGGCUACUUGACAACAGAACCCGUUUUUCCCGAUGCCCCGACCCCUCAGCUCCUUCAGAAAAAAUCCAUUUUGCUGGGAGAUUUAAUUUCACAGCUCGAAGCCCUUGAUCCUUCACUUCAACCGAGCUGCCUGCCGACCGUCUCGAAGUACCACGUUCGGAUGACUCUGGAGGCGUCGCUCUCCCUGGAACUUGAACGUCUGUUGGCACUCACAGACGUGCAGGGCGCUGAUGGCGCGUGUGACGCACUCUCAAUGCUACGCGCGACUGUGCUAAAAGCGGAAAGUAAACAAAUUUGCGGACCUCUCGUUACCGAGGCACGAGAGCGGUGGAGUCGACUGGAGGCCGAAACCAACCUCGGAGACUCGCUCGACCAGGCUCUGCACGCGAACGACAAAACAAAUGUGGCCCUGUGGGUAAAGGAGGCAAGACAGCUCGAGCGUACGACCACACCACCUCGCUUUUUCACGUCGUACCUCGCCUCGGUAGUUGCCGCAUCUGAGGCAUAUCUGGCGCAGGACGCGCGAGAACAAGAGCGACUGCAGCGCGAGCGCGAAAAGGCAGAAGAGUCGCGGAAGGAAAUGAAGGAAAGACAGCAGCAAGAGGUCCUGCUGAUGGGAGCAGUCGAAGAGCGCAGAAGGAGCGAUCGCCUCUCUUUACUCUCUGUUCCUUCAGAUAUCAAGAAGGCCAAGAGAGACCAAGAGGAUGAAGAAGGUGGCGAAGCACUCACGUCGGCUUAUCUUCGGAAAUUCAUGAAGGAAGUGGCCCGUGCGACUCGGGAAUGCGACCCGAGUCAACUGGCGUUUUUUCUUGAACGCGCGAGAGAGGCGAAUCUCGGCAAAGGCCCGCGAGAGCUACAGCUCGCUCGCGUGCAGUUGGAAAAUUUGAAUGACCCGGCAUUCCUCAAUUCGGAGUUGAAAGAAGCGGUUGUCGGCGUCACGUGGGGUGUCGCGACACAGGACGACGUCGUCAAGUUGCGGAACCUUGUUCAACAGGCGCAAGUGGUCCGGACAACCAGGAAACAGAACGGAGAUUUCCGGAAGGGCGGCCGCGUCCCACCCCACGGGACCAUCGACCCGACGGUGUUGUCUUCUGCAAUGGCGACACUAGACGCUCUACGAAGAAUGGAAGGCAGAGAGCGAGGAGCUUCUGGAAAGAACGGAAGCGGAGGAGGCCCCGGUGAGAGAGGCGAGAGAGCAGGCGGGCUGACCGCCUAUCCGUUCGAGAGCUACCCCAUGCUUCGGAUUAACAUGCGCAUUCAGGAGACAAAGAGCAUGCGGAAGGCGGAGCGACUUGUGCUUCGGCGGGAGGAGCUUUUAAGUCACCAAUCCGAUCCUCUGGAAGAGCCGCUACUGGUUCUUCCGGAUCAUCAUGCGGAGGUGGUGGCGUUGACGUGUUUUCGGUCUCUGUUAGGCGUUAUGGGAGACCGUUUUUGCGUGGGCCGAAGUGCGCUGAGUGAAGAGAUUUUGGUCUUGGGCAGAAACGCAGAAGAUUUGCGAGACGAGAUUUACUGCCAAAUUCUGAAGCAGUUACAGAACAACCCAUCUGCAGGAAGCACCAUCGCGGGGCUUCGCAUACUUCAGUCUUGCUGCCAGGCGUUUCCGCCUUCCGAGAGUCUGGAGCCUUACGUUCGCUACGCCUUGCAAAGCUUCCUCUCGAGCCUUUGCGCUCCGGGCGCAGAUGGCAGCGGCGCAAUUAAAUUCCAACAAGAAGUUGAACAGGUUUGUCGGCAGGCCAUCAAAGAUUUAGAGCUGACGUGCGAGGGCCGGCGAGGAGGAAGGGAGACAUGGGGCGAAGACCAAGGCGCUCCCCCGCGCGGAGGAGAGAAGCGCAUGCACGUGCAGGUACGACUUGCAGAUGGAUCCAGUCGACGCUUGUCUCUUGAAGGCGACUGCCCUAGAGACCUCUGUCGGCGCCUUGUGAAGGACUUGAAUCUGCUCGGCGCAGACUCGUGGGUCCAGUUGUGGCUGCGCCGUCCCAUGCUGAAUACGGAUGAGCCCCUGUCUCUGCAUCCGGCCACAGCCGCGUUGGUUUAUCGCCAGGCAGUCUCUCAAUACCAGCAGCAUGUCUUCAAUGAAGAUCCCGGUCUCCUAUCGUCGAUAAGCGCACGUUUGCUUCAGGCUGAGGGUCUUUUAGAAGCGUCGCCUCCCCAUGUGCCAUCGUGGCCUUCUCUCAGUUGGACGAUUCCUCAACGGCUUCAUUGGCUUCAGAGUGAAGCCGACUGGACGGCAGCAAUUUCUGAGGCUGCACGUGACUUGGACGCUGAAGAAGGUGAUUUGCUCGCCAUGAGUGCUGCCUUCCGUCUCAUGCAGAACUUGCGCGGCUUUGGAGGCUCUGUGUGGUUAGCCGACGCCUUUCCACUCUUCUCAGCAGACAUCAAAGGCGAUGCUCGUCUGCAUGCAGUGGUGAAGCAGACCGCUCCGGGGUGCUGCGUGUCUCUCUCGCCGUUGAUCGAAAUUCGCCGGGUACCUCUUUCGCUUCGCCGUCAGUUUGCGACGCUUUUAGGCGAUGACGAAGACAGGGAGCGCAUGCGGCGCAUUGAGCAGCGCUCACAGAAGAAAAUGAAACGGAACGGAAAACCUGGCGAGACACACAACUCGUCCUCUUCAAGGAAGUCAGAGGUUCCCAUGGAGGCGAACGAGGAUCUCGCUCCCGGCAACACGAACCUGAGGAGACGUGUGUGGAGUGCGCUGCUGUGUAGAAGGGAUCCUUCGUCUUUUGGCACAUCGGGGCGUCAUGUUCGGAGCAGGAAGGAAAACCAGAAAAGAAACAAAAACCUCUCCUACAAACUCACGGGAAGGUCGUGGAUUGCCGUGAGUCAUCGAGGGAUUGAAUUGGCGACGGUGUUCGACGCAGAAGGUCUCGCGGCGGCGCCGAUGCCCGAGUCCGAGGCGGCGCUUCUGGAGGCGUCUUCCAGAGAAGAGUGGGACCAGGAAAACGAGCACACAAAAGUCCAGAAACCGGGGGCAAAAUGGAGGAAUCCCGACGAAAAGGCACAAAACGAAGCGGUAGAAGGAACCGAUUUCAACAGCCCCAAAAUCACCGCGAUAGAAGCCAACGACGGAAACAGCGAAAGACAGAUACAGAAGGAAGGUUCAGAAAAAGGCAUAUUUACAAUUCCUCCUGAGAAGCUCUGGCUGGUCGCUGCCUUGCCACCUCGUGGGGAUGCACCAGACCGCCUCCUUUUGGGAUACGUCGACCCUCGAACGGGAAAAAGAAGGUUGGAGGCUUUUGUCACUCAGGCUGCUGCGAACGACGUCGUCCAACUUGUUCUCUUAUUCUUCCCUUUCUGCGCCCUCAACGCUCAGGCUCCGCCUGCGGAAUGA